CUCGUGCUAGGCGUGAUUGCAGAGUUCCUGAUGGUUUGAACCCAAUCACAAAGCCCCUGUUCUGUACCGUAUAGCUAUUAUUGUUUUUGUUUGUCAAUGGCGUUCCGUGUGGGUAUAUUUUAAGCCGGUGAAAUAAAAAUUAUCCCGAACAACCCAAUCAUUCCAACAUGCCGGGAACGAUUUUGGAAAACCUCAGCGGAAAGAAAUUGAGUGUACUAGUGACCAUUCUGUUAACUUUCCAGAUAGCAUGCUUUCUGGUUGGUUUGAUUGCUCCCAGUCCAGCAACAUCCCAGGGAAUCUUGACCACCGUCUGCGUUGACCGUGACCCAAAGAACAAAGAGAUUAACAGGUGGUUCACUAGAAGUUGCCCAACUCAAGUCCACUUGUCUGAUCGACAGAGCACUGCGGGACUAGAUGCAAACAAUUUGGUGUUUGUAGCAGAAAUGCCCCAUUACUCAUUUGACUACUCUCGUUGGCAGCAAAAUCUAAUGGGCAUUUUACAAAUUGACAUGGUUUAUCAAGAGGACCAGAAGCUUCUUGAUCCAGUCAUGGAACUUACUCUAGAUGCUCGCUUAGCCUACAGUGACAAGGAUAUAAACAAAGGCAAGACUCCAUGGCAGUACUAUGCACAUUCAGAAGUCAAGAGGUACAUGGAAUGUACUUUUGAUGAAAAAUCUGCCCACAAUGAUAAAAAUGGUUAUCCUUAUGAUUGUGGUAUGGUACCCUUAUUUGAACUAGGGUCAUUGCAUCAUGAUUAUUAUCUUUUGAAUCUAAGGUUGCCAUAUAAUCGUACUGCAAACAAAAAUGUAGGUUUGUCUAGACUAGAAGAUGUGCAUAUUCAUACAAUCCACAUGAACGGCGGUUUUACAAAAGUAUGGGUUGCGCUAAAAACAUUUUUCUUUCCGAUCAUUAUUGGGAUCAUGGUUUGGUUUUGGCAUCGGGUGCAUAUCUUGAACAGAACUCCUGCUUUACUUGAAUAUAUGCUCAUGUCUCUCGGAGCCACCCUCGCUUUUCUCAACUUACCGCUAGAGUACCUUACAUUAUCAUUUGAAAUGUCUUACAUGCUUAUUCUCAGUGAUAUCCGACAGGGUGUCUUCUAUGCUAUGUUGCUUUCAUUCUGGUUAGUAUUUGCAGGUGAACAUAUGCUUAUUCAAGACCAUGGAGAGAAAAAUUCUCUGAAGCUUUAUUGGAAGCAUCUUAGCACAAUUGUAGUAGGAUGUUUUUGUUUACUGAUUUUUGAUCUGUGUGAAAGAGGUGUCCAACUGGUCAACCCAUUUUAUUCUAUAUGGGUUACACCCAUUGGCACAAACUUGGCACUAUCCUUCAUCAUUUUAGCAGGAAUUUCCGCCAGUAUCUAUUUUAUAUUUUUGUGUUAUAUGAUCUGGAAGGUGUUCAGAAACAUCAGUCUCAAGAGGGCAGUGUUGCCAAGCAUGUCACAAGCAAGGAGGUUGCACUAUGAAGGCAUAAUCUACCGUUUCAACUUCCUAAUGUUGGCAACUGUCAUCUGUGCAGCUGUGACAGUAAUCUCAUUCAUCUUAUCUCAAGUCUCCGAAGGUCAGAGCAAAUGGGAUGAGAAUAUGGAACUUGAGUUGUCGUCUGCUCUCCAUACUGGUGUGUAUGGCAUGUGGAAUGUUUACAUUUGUGCCAUGCUUAUGUUAUAUGCCCCGAGUCACAAACAGUGGCCUGAUGAUCCAAUUUGCAAUGACGGGGAGGAGGUUGAGUUCAGCAGGUUGCCUACAGAGGGCACUGCCAAUGAAAUUUCAUCUUUGACGUCUUUUGCUGCCAAGACAAGCAUGGAUUAAUUUUUUGUGUUUGUGUAACUCGAUGAAUAGUGGUUGAAAUAUGAGAAUGACGGUAGUUCGUCAACAUGUGCAUGCAUUGCUAAAAAAACAGAAUUCAUAGUUUAUGGUUUGAAUCCGCUUUUUUAAUCCAUCGAAAACAUUGGAUCCCAAAAAAAAAUGAGAAAAUACAAAAUUCCAUGACCUCCCUUUAGGAUUUGAGUAAACACUAGAGAAUUGUGAAAAUAGAAUAUAUGUAUCGAUUUAGGUAGCUUCUUACAUUUAUCCAAAGGUGCAUUACUUCUAUGCUAAGUUUUUUAUGGAUAUAACUUACAAAAUACUACACUCAUAUCUGAUAUCUGCCGCGUUUUUGUAAUUUAUAUAUUUAUUAUUUAUAUACAUAUACAAUUUUUAUAACUAAAGACUAGAUACUGCAAUAGUUGCUGGCUUUACAUAUAAGUAGUUUUCAGUAUAAUAUUUGUUGUAGUAUGGAAUGGGAGACGAUUAUUAUAAUAACAUAAACCUGUGCCUGUAAAUUAAUAGCUUAUAAAAUCAAACAAGUAUAGUUUUAAAGAAUGACUGAAUUUGCUGUCUUUGGAUGAGGUAAUACAUGAAUAUUAUAUCACAGCUUUGUCAAAUGUCUCCCACAAAAAUAUCUCGAACCACUUCUAUACAGGUUGUAUAUGUGUUAGAUAUAACCCAGAGGUGAGACAUUUCAUACAAAAAGUACAUCGAAUUAUCAGUGUUAUUUUAAAUAAAGUUUUGAGUGGAUAAAAAAUAUAUAUUAUUUCCAUAAUUAUGAAUGCUUCAAGAAUCUUUAAAAUAUAUCUGUCAUCAGUAUAACCUUAGUGUUUAUGCGAAAUUGUAUCAUAUUUUGUUUGACAUUAGUGUGAGAGCUAAAAGUGGACAAAAUCCUAAAGCUAGUAAUCUCAAUUAGUUUUAUAAUGAUGCAGUUACUCUAGCAUAUAAUAUAAUCGCUAUGCAAUAGAAACUUGCUUGAAGUUUUUGUAGUGCUCUCUGUAUUAUUCUUCAGUAUUAUUAUAGUUGUGAUGUAUUUUAUCUUUACAUUAUUUAUUAUAACUUUUGUAUUUUUAGUACC